UUACACAUUCUUGCGAAAUUUUAGGUUAACAAUGAACUAUUGCAAAUGCCGUUAAAGAAUUACUUGGUAUUUAAUGCUACAUACUCUGCUGGAUGGGUCACAGUUAUAACAAGCUUCGGUUUGAAAGUGAAAUUUGAUGGAAACCAUCGUGUUUAUGUUUAUGUAAACAGUAAAUACAGAGGUCAACUGACAGGACUGUGUGGUGACUGCAAUGGCAAGAAAGACGAUUUCCGUACGAAGGAAGGUAUUGAUGUAUCGACAAAAACAAAUAAAUACUCCCUCAUUGGUAUGAGCUAUCAAGUGCCUGACGAUAGUGACAAACCAGAAAAUGUAUGCAAUGUCACUGAUAUCACUACCAAUUGCCAUGCAAAUACAACUCGAAGAUGUGAACUUAUGACAGACGAGAGUGGUAUUUUUGGAGGAUGUAUAAAGAAAUUAGGAAUUGAAGCAGCUAGACAACAUUUUGAAUCUUGCAAAAUUGAUGUUUGCGCUUACAGCACGACAACUAAGCAUAAAACAAGUGCUACUUGCAAAAGUUUCGAAAGUUUUGUCGAGGAAUGUGAAGAAAAAGGUGUCUUAGUUAAUUGGAGAGGAGUUUUGGGAUGCAAUUUGGAUUGUAGUACAUGGGCGAACACGAUGUACAAAUUUAAUGUUACUAACAACCAACCAACUUGCAUGAACAGAAAUCCCACACCGACCGCUUAUCUUACUGAUGGAUGUGUAUGCAAAGGAAGCUAUGUUCUCAGUGGAAAGGAAUGUGUACCAAAACCACAAUGUGGUUGUAUGUAUGGCGGAAUGUAUCUACAGGUUAACACAACUAUAUUAUCAAGCGACUGCUCAGAAUCGAUAACGUGUUUGGGUAAUGGAAGAAUUAAUCAAACUUGUUCAUGUCCGAAAGGAUCCGAUUGCCUAAUUGAAUUUGGUGAACGCAUGUGCAAAUGCCCUGAAAGUUAUGCUCCUCUCAAUGGCGAAUGCAAAGGUAAGUUGAAGGAUAUUAUAAUGAUUUUUAUUACAUAUUUGAUCGAUUGUGUGAUCGGUGUUUAAAUUUUCAAACUUACA